CUAAAUGAUUUCUUUCAAAAAUCUUAACUGAGAAGUAGAAGAGAAGAAAUUAUAAAAUAAUAAAGCAAUCAAAGCUCCAAAUGGCCAUUUAAGUAUUCUACCUCAUAUAUUUUUUUUGCUUAGAAUAAAUUCCUUUUUUCUUUCACAGUGCCAUCUUGAAAUUCUGUCAUAUCCUGUGUAUAAACAGGUGGUGAUUUCGGACACAUGGCCAAUGAAAAGACACCAGCAGAAGCUACAGCACCAACAGGAGUAACAGCAAUAGCACCAGCAGCAUUAGCAGUAGCAGGAGGAGGAAGAGGAGGAGGAAGAGAAGAAAGAGGAAGAGGAAGAGGAGGAAGAGGAGGAGGAGGAGAAGGCAGAGCAGGAGGAGGAGGAGAAAAAUCUGGAGGAGAAGGAAUAGGAAAAGUGGAAUAGGAGGAGAAGAAGGAGGAGGAGAAGGAGGAGGGGUAGGAGGAGGAGGAAGAGGAGGAGGACUUUGCUUCCCUGUCCUGGGAUAAUUGCUGAAUUACUUCUUUUGGACACAGAUACUAUGCUGAGCAACGUUUAUGAAACAAAUUCUCAGAAUGUUAACCAUUCAUAGAAGACAUGUCAACAUUCCUGAAGAGGAUCACCCCUGGAAGACAGAGUUAGAUGGCAGUGCAAGUUGUGCGGAAUGUCCUUAAUGAGGACGACUUUCUCAAAGCUGAUGAUGUAAUAGGUCUGAAGGAGCAUUUUGUGGGAGUCAGGGUCCCAUCGACCUCUGUCUGGGCACACAGAGCUCCUGGCCUUGCAUCCUGCCUGAGAGGUGACCUGGAUUAUUGGCUUCCCUGGUCCACACAGGGUCCUGGAUUUCUUGGUUGCCCCUCAUUCCUGGUCUACCCUGUGCCCCAUGGUGUUUGCAGCUUCUAUGGGCUGAAUUUAAUCAGUGAUUCACUGGAGCUGGAUCUGAACCCAAACCACAGGGAAGCCCUGGGCACUGAGGACAAUAAGAGCAACAGACAACAUCUCCUCCACUGCUUCUCUCUCUGCUCCACAAGGCAAGGCAGCUCUCACACAGGAGGCAUCCAACCUAACUCCCAGCAGGGAGAGUGUGAGAUGUCUGUGGAUGAGCCCACAUUACAGUACGAUUCUGUGGGAAGACAUCUGGUAGCUUCUGGUGCAGCUGCAGCAGUCAGGACACAUGGGACUACAGUGGAGGUUGAAGAGGCAGAGAACGACCGCAGAGGUGACCAGUAUGUCCUCAGCCUGGACAACAAGUGUCUGCUCAAUCAUACAGACAGCUCACGACUCUCUCACCCAGCGAAUCCUGAGACUGCACACUGGUGGACCAGCUGGUUCCUCAAGAGGUUAGCUCUCUCAAUGGCAUGAAGUUCAGGCGCUACCUCUUCCUAUACUGGCCUGGUGAAGACAGAACCCUGGAGGACAUUGUGGUCUGGGCAAGAGAUAUACAGCAACCCUUUCUGUACCAGCCAGCCUUGAAGGUUGCUUGAGAUCAUUCCAGCAUCACCAGUCUCCAUCCUUUUCCAAGCAAGUCAGUUCUUGGGUCUCAACACUUCUGCCCACCACAUCAGUCUCCGUUCCCAGCCCACUUGUAGGAGUCGGGGACCAGCUCUGACAGGAUCCUAGGGCUUUGGAUGGGGUCUAUUUUAACUGUUUCUGGCUGUAAGCUACUAGGAUUCUCAGGAGCAUAAGUGUAUGAGAGAAACAAGUGUCUUAUUAGCCCUGAAGCAGCUUGGACUCUGUUCUUAUCUACUAGAGAAGGUGUCAUGAAGGGACAUGGGCAGUAGAGGGAGGUCUAUGACUGCAAAGCCUGCCUAGGCUGAAUAAUCCAAACUGGGUACUGCAGAAUUUCCGAGAUCACAGCUCUGCAGUUACCAUUCUCAUGUCUUGGUUUUAACUACUGCACCCAACACAAAGCCUCCCUUGCAGUAUGUCGCAGAUCCAAUUGAGACUCUGCAAACCAGACAUCUUUGUACGGAAUGGAAAAGAUCCCUUACUGCACAUCUCAGGUUGUGGAGGCUGGUCCAUCCUGUCUGACAGUGUUUCUGAGUCACUGGUAUAGGGCUGUUUGGGGUCUCCUCACCUCACCUUAGCCAAGGAGGUCCAGGGUCAUCAAGCAGGUACAGUCCAUGGGCUCUGAUAUGGUUCAUGGUAUGUUAUCUACUCAUGGAGCCCUCAAGAUUUCUUUACUGCCCAGGGCCCAAAGAAGUAUUUGAUGUCCCUUUACUUGGAUGAGAGGAGACUUGAAUGUCACUGCUGCUCACAGGUUCUUGGUAGUUGAGCCCAAUAGUGGAUGCAUUUUUGUGAGUCAUAUCUGCACCUCCUCCUAACAUCUGUUAGAGUAGAUGAAGUCUGGCUGGCUGGGUGGGGCAGUACCUUCUCCCCUAGGCCUUCUUGUGUGCAUCUUGACCUCAGCCAGAACAUGAGGAGUUGGGACAACCAUUCUGGAUGUCAGCUGAAGCAAUGCCUCACACAGAGGUGCUGGCAGAACUGCGGGUUCUAUUCCCUGGACAUUGUGACACGAAACAGACUGGGAAGAGUGGGAAGAGGAAGGUCCACAAGGCUAGCUCAGAUUCCAAUCUCUAAAGAUCAGAUUUCAUCUUUCGUACAAAAUCUGGUGAACUAGCCCUGUACGAGACGCAUAUUACCUUCCAUUAGAAAACCUUUGGGAACAAAAACCCUAGUGUAAAGUGGGGUCUGUGCCAACUGUGGGUGCCUGGCAUCGGUCAGGUCUGGUGUCAGGAUAGGCCCAUCCACAGACAUACACAGGCACACACACACACACACACACACACACACACACACACACACACAAACACAUCAUUUCAUGCAAGCCUACACUGCCCCCCCCAAUCACCUGCUAUCUUGGGAUGUGUCCAGGCUGCCUCAACUUAGCUUCUUCCCACCAGGUAUGUCCCUAAAUUGUGUGAACCAGGGGUGGUCACUCCCCUUGCUGGGUUCCCUAUUCCUCAAGUUCAGGUGAGGUCACUCUGCUCCUCCUGAUCCUUUCCUGGUCUAGAGCUUGUCACCUGACCCUGUGGUUCACAAUUGCUCCCAAGGAAGUAAUAAUCCAUGUCUCCAUGUUUACAUGGUUGCCCAUACUGCUGAUUCCUGGCAGGAGUCAUGUGUGGAUGGGUACUUGACAGGGUUUGGUCCUUAGUUUGUCAGUGUCUCCAUGAACACAGCAUUCCUGUGAGACCAAAGCACUCCAGACACAGCUUGGGAUAUGCUGAGAGGCAUGGCAGAGUAUGCCCCUGAAGAGCAGGCAGGCCCAGCAUGGCCACAGUACAGCCUUGGAUGUGCCUGUCUGCCUUUCCCACCAGAGCAUGACCUGCUGUAACAGGUGUUGUCAUUAUCUUGGGGAACACAGCAUUGACAACCCUGCAGGGGCUUCUGGUCUCCAGGGAGCAGGCAGGGGCCUUGUGCUCAAUUGUCCCUCACUAGUCCCCUUGGCCCAGGGAUUGUGGUUUUCAGGACUCCCAGAAGCAUCAGAGGCCAGCAGAAGUCAUCUUAGU